CAACGUGCUUCUGCUUAUGACGAUAGCGCUAAUGGUGCUCCCGGCCGUGUACCCCUAUUUACGGGUGUUGGAGUGGCCCUCGAAAGAAGAACCGAGAAUAGCCGACUGGGCUUGGCCCAUAGGAAUGGCCGCCCAGACUGCCUCCAUCUGGUCCAUCGUCCUGGUCGCCAUGGACAGGUUCAUCGCAAUAUGUCAGCCUUUCAAAGCCAGGAAAUUCAGGCGCCUCAGCUCAAUCAAGAUAAGUAUUGGUGCUGUUGUCAUAUUUUCCGUUUUCUUCAACAUUCCACGCUUAUUUGAGAAACGCUCAGUGGUCUACUUUAACGCGUGCACCAACUCCACGGAGACAGGGUACAGAAAACUUAUUCUAAAGUACCCGGGAUAUCGCUUCGGAUAUUUUGUGGUGGCAUACACUUUGAUCGAUAUAAUAAUUCCUUUGGCGAUCCUGUCCUAUGUGAACACGCGUCUGAUAAUGGAGCUACGGCGAGGGGCAAAGCGACGGAGUCUUAAAUGUCAAAAUAUUCAAAGAGAAGAUAAAACAAUGACAAAGUUAUCCGUCGUCAUUGUAACAGUUUUUACAAUCUGCCAACCGCCGUCUUUGGUGACACAAGUAUUGGACGCCGCGGAGGACCAUCUUGACGCCAAUAUGAUGGUGUUUAGACAAUAUUAUGUGCCCUUUUCGAACGUGAUGGUCGUCCUGAAUUCUUCGGUGAAUUUUGCGGUUUGUUAUAUUUUCUGUCGCGGAUUCAGACGCUCGUUGGCCAAGUUAUUGACUUGUGGGAGAUCAGCGGACGAGGAGCCAGACGCUAACAGGAACAACUACAGCUCCGAGUAUUGGACCAGGGAAAUGUUGGCACAGAAGUGCGACCAUGGAGUAGCCAUGCCUUUAUGUAACCGAGCCAAAAGUCACUCCAACUGUGCGUGUACUGAUAUAUGUUUUAUUGAUGAGAAUGACAUAACAAAGGUUUAA